CUCAGUGACAUGUGGGGCACAACACUCCGCACAGUCCACGUCCUGCUUUAAGAAGCGAGGGAAGCCAGCGUUGAGCUGUGAGAGAGCACUAAGCCAAAUCCUCCACCAUCAUCAUCAUGUUUUCAUCCUUGCAGGGGGAGGGAGGGUUGACUACGAGGCAAAGUGGGGGGAGAGACAGACACACACGAGGCCUAGUCGCCACAUCUUUUCAUGCGGAGAAGCUGAGCCGCUAAACCAGCCGUUUUUGGGUUCCCAAAAAAACUCCGGCCCGGGCCUCAGUCCGCGGUCUAGAGUUUGAUAUCGGGCUGUUAGAGACGGAAGCACGUCGGCUUGUAGCUGUCAGUCAGCCCCUGUGCCCCAACCACCAUCAUGGGAGACAGCAGAGAUUCCCACAGCCCAGACAGUUCGUCUGUGUCCUCCCCACCUUCGGGCCAGCGCUCCCCUCCGCUGGUUCCCUCAGCUGCAGCUUCCAUGACCUCCCUGCCUCCCAUCACCACUGCCGGGGUCAACAGCCCCAUCAGCAGCAUUGGUUCCCCCUUUUCUGUUAUCAGCUCUUCGCUGGGGUCGCCUUGUCUACCUGGCACACCGUCAGUGGGUUACGGCCCAAUUAGCAGCCCCCAGAUCAACUCAACCGUGUCGAUGUCGGGGCUUCAUGCAGUGAGCAGCUCCGAUGAUGUGAAACCUCCACUGGGCUUGAAACAGCUGUCAUCUCACAGCCCUGGGCCGAUGCUUUCCCAGAAACGUCUUUGUUCCAUCUGUGGAGAUAGAUCCUCUGGUAAGCAUUAUGGAGUCUACAGCUGUGAGGGCUGCAAAGGUUUCUUCAAAAGAACUGUGCGAAAAGACUUGACCUACACCUGUCGGGACAAUAAAGACUGUACUGUGGAUAAGAGACAGAGGAAUCGCUGCCAGUACUGCCGCUAUCAGAAGUGCCUGGCCAUGGGCAUGAAGAGAGAAGUGGCCAAGAUGAACGACAGAUCUGUCCAAGAGGAGCGGCAGAGGAACAAGGAUAGAGAUGGUGACGUGGAGUCGACCAGUGCCGUCAACGAGGAGAUGCCAGUAGAGAAGAUUUUGGAAGCAGAGAUGGCCGUAGAGCAGAAGACAGAGCUGCAUGCAGAUGGAAGUUCGGGCGGCAGCUCUCCCAACGAUCCAGUCACCAACAUCUGCCAGGCAGCAGACAAGCAGCUCUUCACGCUGGUGGAGUGGGCCAAGAGGAUCCCUCAUUUCUCAGAGCUGCCCCUGGAUGACCAGGUCAUCUUGCUACGUGCAGGCUGGAAUGAGCUCCUGAUUGCAUCGUUCUCCCAUCGCUCCAUCUCGGUGAAGGACGGGAUUUUACUUGCCACAGGCCUGCAUGUCCACAGGAACAGUGCCCACAGUGCAGGUGUUGGAGCUAUCUUUGACAGGGCGCACAAUGCCGAGGUUGGGGCCAUAUUUGACAGGGUUUUGACAGAGCUUGUUAGUAAAAUGAGAGACAUGCAAAUGGACAAGACAGAGCUGGGCUGCCUUCGAGCAAUCAUUCUCUUCAAUCCAGAUGCUAAGGGUUUGUCCAACUCCAGUGAGGUGGAGCUCCUAAGAGAGAGGGUGUACGCAUCUCUGGAGUCUUACUGCAAACAGAAAUAUCCCGAUCAGCAGGGAAGGUUUGCAAAGCUCCUCCUCCGGCUCCCGGCACUGCGCUCCAUCGGUCUGAAGUGCCUGGAGCACUUGUUCUUCUUUAAACUGAUUGGUGAUACGCCCAUUGACACCUUCCUGAUGGAGAUGCUAGAGGCGCCUCACCAGCUCACCUAGAGGAGGAGCCAGCUUUGUUCCGGUCAGGAUCCAGUGCACACCAGGAUUACCAACACGACCCCUCUGUGUUGGGUCAUUGGCUCUUCUUGUUCUUCCUCACUUAACUGCAGCACCUGCUGGUGGACACACAAAAACACACCUUCACCCUGGCUAAUUGUCUACACACACACACGCAUGCAGAUACCUUAAAUUGCAACCAUGGAUUGACCUAUGAUGUAACUAAUACACAGAUAAUAUGGCUGUGAAAAUAAGUUUCCUAAUACUGAGACACACACAUUUUCACUUGUUUUCCCAUAUCCAGUUUUCCUCCAUAGGGGUUAUGACUCAAGGAAUACACGCCCUUUUUAUCUUAUAUAUACAGUAAAUGUCUUAAUUUUAAGUUAGCCUUCCGUUUUCCCAUCUUCAACUCGCAGUGGGUUUUUGCUUCUGAGUAACUGGUGUACCUCCCCUGUUUUUACUUGGGUUACUGCCAGUUGCACCUCUGCAUAUUAUAUCCAUCACUAGCCGGUUAGUUAUUCAUGUUUGAUUUUAGCUUGAAAUCAGGUGCAUAGCAUUUCAAUCAACUGUCCAUCAUCAAAAGUUGUUUUUUUUUUUUGUCAGGAGGUGCCCUGUAAUGGACAGGCAGAAACACCCUCCCAACGAGCUCAUCCAAUCUUGUAAAAAUUGAAAUGUUUAAUGCUUUUUAUUCAUGCUGAAACUUGUUUAAGUUUCUAUUUUGAAGUACUGUACUCAUGAAAUGAGAGCUUUUUCCAAGGCUUUGAAAUCCAGGAAAAAGGGGGCUGGGAGGACUUUGAACAGCCAAACAUGGUCCUUCCCGCCCUGGUGCGCACAGCGGGCUUUGUAAGAAGAAUGACUUGAAUUUAUUUUCUUUUUCUUUUCUUUUUAAGUUU